AUGGGUGAUCCGGCAUGCUGGGGAGGGCAGUUUCAGCCAGAACGCUGCUGUGAUACUGCAGCUUAUGGCCCCCAUGGGAACGCCGACUGCUGGAACGAGGCCUUCACCUUCGCACGAUGUUGCCCAACAGCCGCACCUGCUCCCACAGCUUCGUGGGAGGCGGGCUCGUGCUGGUCCGGAAUCUACGGACCGGAGCUCUGUUGCGGCCCGGGUGGGGGGCAUCCGCGCUGCUGGGAUGAGGUCUACACCUACGAGAGGUGCUGUCCUGAGACUUUGCAGCGUGCUCUUACAGUGUGGUGGCUCCUGCCAUGCCAUCCGGGAUGCCUUCCCUCCUGGAGCUCGGAGGCGAUUGGCCUGCUGGCCUUUGGCCUACUGUCCGCUUGGGUGCUGUAUGUGCUGAGCCACUGGAGAGCCAGAAGGCUUGGAUCCUUGGUUUCUGCGGGCGGCGUGCUGCUGCCUCCGCGAUCGUGGGCGCCGGAUUUCCUUCGGAUGGUCUGCCUUUGCUGCCAAAUCGCCAUCCACUUCAUGCAGAAAGGUCCAAAGGACCCCGUCCACCCAAAGCAUGUGGAGCUGGCUGUGCGGCGUUUCGCAAUGCUCGCCCUAGAUCCCGGGUCAACAUGGCUCCUCCUGUGGCUGCAGAGGUCGAUCCACAUCUGUGCGAGCUCGGGCUGGUUUGUACUGUCGGCCUACCUCCUCAGUCAGCAGGACGUGCCCAAAGUUGGUGCCGCGAACCUUUGGCUGCGGAAAGUGUUGCGCCAAGCGCCUGCCGCCGUGCUGGGAGGCUUCGUUCACUUGCAGGUGUCCGGAGCAAGUAAGAUGAAGCCUGGCCAGCAGGCUCAGCAGAUGCUGGAGUGGGCCAGUGGCCUUGCCGGAGGGCCGGUCGAAAUCCUCCGACACGAGAUGGCCUGCUGGUUGGUCGUGGCCCUGUGCAUGUCGCUACGGAGCAGAGUGCUGAGGUUCAUGUCUGGAGCGGGCGUCACUGUUAUCCUGGCACACGUUCACCUCCAAGCCCUGCGAGUGUAUGAUCUGGUGGCGACCACACACCAGAUGUCAGAUCGGAGCUCGGCCAACGUCCUCCUCGGAGAGUUCCUGCCCAUCUACCUUCUAUCGUUCGUUCUGUCCCACCUGCGCCCCUGGCGAAUUCUACCUCCCAUCUGCGCCCUUCUGAUUGGAGUGCUGGGUAGCGGUCUCCUGUCAGCUCUUUUUGUGGAUAAUGUCGGUGGAACGUGGCCUCCGUAUGUGGAUCCGCGGCUCCAUUUCUGGCUGGACUUGCCGAUGGUUUUGGGAACAGCCUUCUUCCUCAAAGCAUCGGAGUCUGCGCCAAGGUGCUACCGCCAUCUCCUUGCCGUCAUGGCGGCCUCAAGUCUAAUGGCCCAAGUGGUUAGCCAUCGGCUUCUGCUGAAAUGGAUUGCGGCUGUGCGAGGUGAAGGGACGAUGCCGAUGGUGGAUUCACUGUUGGCCAUCCCAGGCUUCAUCUUCCUGUCAUUGCUGGGGGCAUACUUGCUCACAGCCCUCAUCGGCAUACCGGGCACGUGGCUUAUAGGCAAGCUGGUGACGCCUUGCUUCUCCCUCGCCCCUCCGCUGUUCUUCGCCGCGUACCUGGCAACUUUUGCCUUCUACCUCGCCUCCGAAGAUGAGGUGUUCAGCAUUGCGACCAAAGGCCAGGCUUUUUGGGGCGAAUGCCCCUUCGCGGCCUUCAUGAAAGCUCCUCACCUGGUUGUGAGCGGGGCCUUGUCUGCCAUGGCUGAGAAAAUCAGAAGCGCCGCCACGCAGGGAGACGCCUGA